AUGUCUCCUCCUCCACCGCUUGUCAUGCUACCAGCUUUUCUUGUAUUUUUUCUGCUAACCAUGUCAAUCAGGACGGGGCCGCUGGCUGCCACUGCUGCUACCACCACCGCUUGGAGUCGGGAUCGAGGAUAUGCAGAGGAGAUUCUGAGCGCUGCCCGGGCCGACAAGGAUUGGCUCGUGUUGAUUAGAAGGAAGCUUCACGAGAAUCCCGAAUUGAAUUUCGAUUUGUUCAACACCAGUGCCCUAAUCCGGGAUCAACUCGACCAACUCGGCGUUGAUUAUGAUUAUCCUGUUGCGAAGACUGGUCUGGUUGCUCAGAUCGGGUCUGGCCGCCCGCCGAUCGUUGCUCUGCGUGCGGACAUGGAUGCUCUGCCGUUGCAGGAAGAAGUGGAGUGGGAGCACAAAAGUAAAGUGGACGGCGUGAUGCAUGGAUGUGGCCACGACGUUCAUACUGCAAUGCUGCUCGGCGCUGCAAAGCUACUCAGCCAAAGGAAAGAUAAGCUUAAGGGAACGGUAAGGCUUCUUUUCCAACCGGCAGAGGAGGAUGGCGGCGGAGCGCCCCAUAUGAUAAGCGAAGGUGCUCUUGGUGAUGCCGAAGCCAUUUUUGGUAUGCACGUAGACUCUGAAGAGCCAACAGGAAGUAUCGUUAGCACAGCAGGGCCAAUUCUAGCUUCCGACUGCUACUUUGAGGCCAAAAUAGUUGGGAAAGGCGCGCACGCUUCCGAACCCCACAAAAGCACCGAUCCAAUCGUCGCAGCAGCUCUCUCAAUCUUGGCAUUGCAGCAGCUCACCUCGAGAGAAGCCGAUCCAUUUUACAGCCAAGUGCUCUCCGUUACGUACAUCCGGAGCGCGACGGAAUCCAAUGAUGUAAUUCCACAGUUUGUCGAAUUCGGUGGCGCCCUCACGAGUCUCACCACGGAAGGGUUGCUUCGACUCCUGCAAAGGGUGAAAGAGAUUGUGGUCGGAGUGGCGAACAUGUACAAAUGUGAAGCUUACGUUGGCAUGAGAGAAGGGGAGAAUCCGAUAUACCCUGCCACCAUAAACGACGAGAUAUUACACGGUCAUGUGAAGAGGGUCGGAGGCCUCGUGUUGGGCCCCGACAACGUGAAGGAGGGUAAAAGGGUGAUGGCCGGCGAGGACUUUUCGUUCUACCAAGAGGUGAUCCCGGGAGUCAUUUUCCUCGUCGGGAUUAGGAACGAGAAUGUAGGCUCGGUUCACCCGCCGCACUCGUCGCUCUUCUUCGUCGACGAAGACGUACUUCCGAUUGGAGCUGCAUUGCACACUGCCGUCGCUGAAAUUUACCUGAGAGAGCACGAGCACGGCAGUCAUUCCGAUCUCUAACACCAGAUUUGAAUGGCUAUGAAUUGAUUAUGAUAGGCAUCGGUGAAGCGCAUUUAAUUACUCACCAGCGUUUUGAACCAGAGUCAAAGGUGGAGCAUGUGUGGGUUGAGGUGUUUUAAAUGCGAUUUAAAUUAAAUAAAAUUAAAUUAUAUUUUAAUUUUCAUGUAAAACCUAAUACCUUUCUUUAGCUAUUGGUUUAUUUUUGUUUGAGCAAA